CAACGUUGUUGAUCUUGAAGUUUGUUAUCAGUCAGUCAGUCAGUACUUUGCACUUACGGCAGUAGUAGCAUUGCAGUAGCUAGUAGCUGUUUCCAGCGAUGGAACCGCCGGUGUAUUCUCCACAAGGCCAUUACGAGGCGAUGGAAGUUGAGACCCCAACACUUCCAUUUGGCACUGAUUAUAAACUUAAAAUGGUCACUUUAAACGGCGAGGAGAUCGCGGCUUUCAACGUCGAUGGGGAAGAUUUACUUUGCUUCCCGCAGGUAUACGAAUAUUUUCUCAAAGAUCUGGUGUCCGGGAUGCACACUGUCUACACGAAGCUCAAGCGAAUGAACAUUCAGGGUAGAAAUUGCAACGUGGAGCAAGUUCGUAUGAUGCGCAGCGUUGGAGCUAUCGGCCAGGUUGUCAAUCGCUGCAAGCUGAUCUCGCGAGAAGAUUUCAACAGAUUGUAUGAGGAUUGUUUGCUUUACAGGUAAGAAAGCGCCAUUUAUUCUAAUUGUUUUUAAACAUCGCGUUACUAUUAUUUACAGUUCACUAAUAUUUUUGCGCGCAGCUCUAUAAAUCAAUUCCGACAUUUUAUGUAAAAACAUUAAGGGUCCGCUGUAAUUAAUCAUUUGGCUUGAAAUCCUUGCCUCUCAUUUGGAAACCCCCACAAUGUGUAAUUACACUUUUUGAAUAAGCCAUUGUUAAAUAUUAAAUGAUUUAUUUUCUAUUGUGCAUUAUUUGGCAGAGCUAAGUUGAUACAAAUUAAAACUGGUUUGAACUUGGUGAAAGUUGUAUUUGGUUCUCCUCCAGCAAAAAUACAAGAGGAAAAAGGGGUUAAACCUUUGAUGUAAAGGAACUUAGAUAUUGUUUACAUUUCGCAAUAAAAAAACCUUAAGUCAAAAACAAAGUCUUUAUGUAAAUGCGCUCAGAGGUUUUAAUGGAUCAUUUGCUGUUAAACAGAUAUCAGCGAAUUGUCAAUUGUUUUUGCGCGUUAUAUUGAUCAAUUUUUACGCAUUUAUUAAGGGCCCCGUCUGAGUUCUCUCAAAUUUUGUCAAAAACCGCAAACCUUUGGUUUCACAUUGAACAGUAUGAAAUCAAAAGUAUACAGCUUGGUAUGACACGAUUUAUGGAAGUCCAUUUAAUUAAAUACCUGUUUCCCGUUUUGUGAGGUAGAUUGCUUGUAAGCAAACGUUGUGGAACGAUCGGGAUCCUUGAAGUCGCAAUAGCACCCUUUUAGUUAAGAUACCGCAACUAGCGAAAGUUUCUCGCUUCAUGCGUUGGAACUUAAAUUUCUCAGUUGUUGAAAUGUCUAGUAAAUCCUCUUUCCUGAAAAAGAAACCGAAACGGCGAUACAGUAAAAAGAUAGAAAAUUUACUCAAAAAUAACAUUUGGUUCAAUUUAACUUGCGAGAGAAAAAAAAAGAAAAAAAACUGAAGUACUUACUUCAAUGGCAAAGUAAUCGUUUGUGAAUAACAACGAAAUUUUUCCCUUCUUAUAUCUUCAAGUGAUUUCGGAGCAACAAUUACUACUUUCGGUACUUUUGCUCGAACGGUUUAAUUUUUAAGACUUGCACAAUAAAAAUCCAAGGAAUUACAACAAAUUCUAUUUUUCACAUGCUAAAAGACAAACAGCGCAUCACAGAUGACAGCUGGUAAUGGAUGAUCAUGUCACUGAUGUUUCGUCUAAGGAAAAGUUGCGGCUAGUGAAAUGUCAAAUGCAGUCUUCCUUCUCUCGAUACAUUUCUUUAUAAUAAACAAACAACUAUUUAGAAGAGUAUCUGUCAAACAUCUUGCUUUAAAUUUUAAAGUUUUGCUGAUCAUUUUUGGUGGGAUGUUGCAAAGGUUUAGACAGACAAUGGUAUUCUACUGUUUUCCAUAACAUUUUGUUCAAUACAGAUUGAACUAUUUCAACUUAACACAAAUAGCGUUUAAUAUUGCUGGGUUAAAAAAGAAAUAAGAGGCCACAUUUUGCUGACAAAAACUCUCGUUUUUGCCCUCCAACGAGGUCUUGAGAUGAUAGAUUCGGUUAUUUCCACCAACAUACAGAAGUUAGAAUCACCUAUUAAUGGGAAUGUUUUGAACUGGGUUAAUUUAAGCGCAAGUUAUCACAUGGCAUAAAUUAACUUUCUACAGACAAAUGGAGUUAUUUACCUACAGAUUUAGAGAGGGGCAAUUUUUUCUGUCGUUUGGCGUCAAAGAUUUGAUGGAUGGCUAUUAGAUCGUUGACCGGCACACAGUUAAUUGAUUGGGGUUACCCGGCGUCUCAUCUGCAGCAAGCCUCAGGCUUCAUUUGGACAAAAGUCAGAGUUUGAGAGCGAAGGACGCUAUUUCGGCUGUUCUUUGUGUCAUAUUCAUGGUACAGUACGUUUAGAGAAGCUAGAAAAGAAAUGUAUCGUUUAGUUUUGCAGAACAAAAUUUUUCAACAUGCCAAUUUUGAGACGAAAGCUUGGCUGGUAGUGUUAAGGGAAAAUGCAGGUGGAUUGCUGUGUACGCCUUCCUGUGAUAAGUUCAGCUAGCACACAACCAUUUAGGUUAAAAAAAAAAACUAAUAUGGCAGAGUUUUAAACAUUAUAAUUUUUAAUUAACCAAAGGAAAGGCUGAAGUAUUCAGUUCUGAUAUCAGAGUAUGGGGUCAUCUGAAAGUAUGCAGUAACACGCAAGCUAUUGAUACUUCAAUUCUCCCUGUGAAUCCUAAGGAGUUUGGAGAUAUCUGAGAUGAGAAUUUGGAUGCCCAUACUGGAACUGAGAGGUCAUGGGAAUCAACAAUAAUCUCAGAGCUUCUUCCGUUUGAAUUGAGUAUUUCUUGACCGACUGCACAGCAAAAAGUACGCGAAGUAAAUUAAAGAAUCAAAUGUAUCUAUUUGGAAUAGCUUCAAUUGGUUGUGACCCAUUAGCUUCAAUUGCUGGCAGAAUUGAAGAUCUUGCGAGAGAAUAGUGUUCAAGUCUUGUCUUUGAAGACUUUGAAAGCCGCGUGCUAUUUGCGCAGAUUAAGCAAACUUUCAAGGGUUUUUAAAUUUUAUAAAUUAUUAUCUCCAGAAGUGCAAGAACUGAAAACCUUUAACGAUGGUAGAAUUAAAAUGACGCGCGCAAUAUCGAUCAAUUAAAACAGGCGCUCUUUUAGUUGUUUUUCGAUGUGCCAAUACCGUAUUGUUUCUAAAAUUGCUAUCAAUCUUUUAAAGAACAGAAAUUUUCAAUACAGCAAUUACAUUAAACCACGAUGCUAUCAAAUUCAAAUCAUUUGGGUUGUAGUUAGAAACGCCUUCAUGUGCCAAAAAUAGAAUCACGCAAAUUCGUUUUCUUGUGUGUGUCCACGUGUUGAUAUUGAGUGGUAAAAAUGUUGUUGCUCUAAACUGAUUUUAGCUUGUCAAACACUGCAUUUUAAAGAAUUGUUUUCUCUUGUCUCGUUUUUUUUUUUUCGUGAAAUGAAUAGUCAUCGGAAAGUGUUUAGUUACAUUUUACAGAUAAAUUCUAUCUUACUGCGAAAGUGCGAGCGGAAAUCUUUAGAGUGUUCAACUUGGCUCGUUCUAAUCUGGUUAACGACAGAAUGUAAUGCAUCAUUUAAAUCGAGAACCCGCUUAAUAUCCUUUACUACUCAGGGAUUUCAAGAAGACGAUGAAAACAAGGGAGCAGGGACGUCGGUUUUUUGUGGCAUCCUGUACCAUUUACCAUACAGUUUAUUUUCAAUUUAUUUCCAUACUGUUAGGUUUUGCUGCCAAGAACUAAGAAAAAAUCAAACGUUUAGUCUGGUGCAGAGCGGUGCAGAGUGGCUCUAAAAGUAUAUAUUCACUCGAUUUUGUAUAAAUAAAAUAAAAUACCCAAGAAGUGACAUGUGUACUUGGUGUACUCAACUUAUUUCAAAAUAAAGGAGUAUGAUACGAACCAAGUCGUCCUUUCGUAGCAGAAUCACUGUCGGGCAAGCGUUUGUAAAUAUAACUUUCAGUUAACCACCCAUAGAGUGCCGCCCAAAACCCCCAAUUCGUUUUCAAAAGAUAACACCAGACCAGCAAAACAUGCAAAAAGACGUUUCCUUUGAGCAAUCUUUAGGUUUUUGUUCAAAGAUUAAACUUAGAAUUACAUCUUUUUAAGGUUAAACUCUGGGUGGGAAAGAAUAUUGUCGGUGCUUUUAGCUUACAGUAGAACUUUCUGGACUGUUGCUUACUCCUGAAAUUGGGUUCAAGUGAUUACUUCGCCUCUUAUCAUAUAAGGAAGACUGUGCCGGAUGCUUUACUUGUUAAAUAUUUUACUGGCAGAGUAAGGACAAAUCUUCCCCUCUGGGGUAUGUAAGCAGUUGCAUGCUGUUAUUUUGCGAAACCCUAGCCACCCACAUAUUCCUUCCAAAAGCGACAGUUUUUAUCUUUGCGUUAAAUUUUCCAGAUGUACCGGAAAGUAUAAUGUAGAUUGUUAAGUAAACUCCACGAUUAACUAAAAUUUGUUAAUCGACAGAGGCAGCGUAAGAAUAAGGCCUUUCUGUCUUACACACAUUUCACCGAAAUAAUGCGUUUGUUGCCCUGAUGUACGGAAGUUAUUUUACGGAGCUGGCGGGGUAAUUGCCUUUUUGAAGAUAUAAAAGUCCAACAAUGCAGACUGGUUUGCUUUUUAUAUAGGGGGCGAUUUUAAACUCAGUCUUCCACGAGAACAGGAAAGAGCAAAACAUCAAGAAAAUACUGUUUAGCAAUGUGCAUUUUAAUCUUAACAUUCCUUUGUAUUUACUGAAAUAUUUUACUCAGUAUCAUGCCGAGGUCAUUUUUGCGAGAUCCAAUACUGAUGAAUAGCAUUCUGGCAAUUGACAUGCAAUGGCGGAAACAAAUUUAAAUUAGAUACAUAUCUUUUUGUUUUAAGACGUCGUUUUAUUUUAUGCCAAUAUGUGAACGCAUUCGUCCCCGUGGUAGGUAAUUAUUAUAAAUGCUUGCAGGGCAGAUCUGAAACAAUCUGCAACAUCGAACAUCAUAUUUAAAAAUGACUCUUUUAAAUUGAAACUGAGCAUUGUUUUUCUUUGGUAUGUUAGCUUUGUUUUUCUAUAUUAACUCAAUCGGCCCUGCGAAUUCGAGUUUUUAUAGUAAUCUUUACCGAAUCAGAAGGUAAAGCAAACCGUAUUUCAGCUCGUAAAUUUGCAAGUAAACAUAUAAUUGGGUUACAACAUAGGAGAUGGGCUGGCUUGAAAUACAGCUCUUCAAGUGUUUUUCAAAUCAUUGCCAACAGGAAUGGGAUUUCUAUCGAAAAAUUGCAAAGUGUGAUACUGCAUGCAUCAAUAUCUAAGCCUCAUUGGCAAGAAAAUAGUGAAGAAAGCAACUUGCUAACUAAUGAGGGACUUACCUAGUUACUACAAAGUCCAGAAUUGAGAGCGGAACUUGAAGCCAUUACACAAGGAUGAGCCCAGUUUAAAGACGAGAAAAUGCCGGAUAAAACAGGCUAUGUAUCAACCUGCUGGAAUUCCAAAAGGAUCCAGUGAAAAAGAAAGAUCAAGUUAUAAUAGAAACAAUUAUUGUCUCAUUUGAAAUUUUAGAGAAAGUUUCUAGUGAUUUAUCUAAGAAUUGGAAUUCGGUUGUACUUUGCUCCUUCAUCUCAGUGGAUGGUCGAAAUAUAUACAAUUCUUGACUUGAAAGUUUAAAAGAGAAAAGCCCGUGGAACGAACAAAUCGCAUCAUAGAAACGGUAAACAAUUCCGGAUUUUGAGAAAAUUUCACAUGUUUCAUCUCAACGGAUACGAAGUGUAAUGAAAUAGCCCUUCCUUCUUGUGUGUUGAUCCUUCCUGAGAAGAUGGAGUUAUUAAUUCGCUGAGAUAACAAGCUAACAAAAUCUUAAAAUAGCGAAAAAAAUAUCGCAUCACAUCUCUUUGGUGGUGAAAUGGAGUGAUCAUGACUCCCGAUUUUUGUGUGAGAGAAAUUUUCCAAGUGGAAGGAAAAACAAAGAAGAAAUUGAUGGGUAAUGAUGACAAGAUGAAAUGCACUUUAAUGUUCAGAAAAUGCAGCACCACUCGUUCAGUUUGAGCUUCAGUGACUAGAAAUGGACAAUUCAAACUGUAAUACCGACUUACACUUUAAAAAUACCUUAUCUUGAAGUCCGAGAAAUUACGGAAAGAUUAAAUGGAGGUGGAAUUGAAGAGAGAGUAAAUAACUUCGUGAUUAGAAUUGAACAUUUCAGUGCUGUUCAGUUCACGCUGGUUUUAAAGUUAUUAACAAUUAUUGGUUUGAAUCGUAUUUAUUCGACACCAGUAUUCUGCCUUUUACUUAUCUUCGGAGUUUUCGUCAUAUUCUGAGUAUGAGAAGUUAUUCCCUUUCGUUUUUUUUACGUGAUCUUUGAACGACAAAGCCAGCCUUUGUGGGGCGAUUGCUGAUGAGGAUUUUAAGUUGCAUUAAUCACUGACUUGAGGUUUCAUGGAUUAGAGUAAUGCUUUAUCAUGUACGUGGUACUGCCCAGCCUCGUUGUCUCUUUAAUUUUAUGAUUAGUUUUUUUCUAACCUUCGACAUAACAGUGCCGAUGAACUUUUAACUUUUGUCAGAUGUAUAGUUUGGGGAACGAGUCCUUUCAAUAAUUGUGAACACUUUGUUGCAAACAUAAAUGCACUUAAGUAAUGCUUCAUACUACUCUGUGAAAUCUUGAUUAAUUGUCCUUCCACCUUUAAAGCUUGAGUAUUGUUCAAGUUAAGAACCAACUACUCUUGCACUGGAAAAUAGUCCGGCGUUUUAGAUCGCUUGCCAUAUGUUGACUUUACUUAGUAGAUCAAGACUGGGAACCCCGGCAGCGGCAUGAAUCUCAUAUUAAUUCUAAUAACUAAAAAUCGGAAGUUCUUUUGGAGAAAGCUAAAGUUCAUAAUCUACAAACUUGACCUGACGAGACGUUUUUUUGAGCAUAUUCGAGAUAUACACUUCCGUUUAUGGGCAUGCUGGUAGCGGUUUAAGAUCUCCACUCGGUGUCUUCGACGGUGUAUAACAGUCGAAGGUCACUUAGGAAAAGUUGGGUGGAAAAAACGCAAGAAAAAGCUCAUGUUCAAGGUAGCCAAUAUUAUUUCUAUUUUAUUAAGAAGACUCACUUUCGUAACAUUUUGAAAAUCAAGUGUAUUUCCUAAAUCACGUUUUUCCGAAAGCAUUUCACGAAGGAUUUCGCAUUGUGUUUUCUUCACUUGUAGCUCAAAAUGGCUGCCAUUGAUUACUGCUAUGACAUGUUUUACUGGUACAGAACAAGUCUACAACGUGAUAGAAACCUAGUCCACUAAAUAAUCGUAGAACCCAAGGUCACUAAAUUUGCUGGUAACUUUUGUGAGGAUGGAAAAAACGAAUUCAAAAUAAAACAGUCUAUAUAGUGAUAUAAGAAGCAGAUGUUGUUCACUCCUGAAUGUUCUGCAAAGCUCGCAUAAAAUAGGAACUUCCUCGCAUUGUUUUACCUGUGAGUGCCGUACGCUGUUCUCCUCCGUUCAUGUGUCUUUAUAGAAUUUUCAUCCGCUCCGGUCAUUAUUUUCUUGAGAAUCAAAGAGUAUUCAAACACUUCGCAUUUUGGUCCUCGUGCAGAACAGCACGCGCUCUGAGCAACUUCCUUGAAACUGCUGUGGGGUAACGUCCUUACGAUUCCAGUCUUCCAAGAGGGCUUAUAUUAAAUCCUUAUUUUCCGUAGUUACUAUUGUAUUAGAAUGUUUGCAAUUCCCUUUUCUUGUAUGUACAGGGAAGUUCCUGUCAUUUCGACUCGCACAUUCUCUUAUCGCGUGAAUUCUCCUCAUGUUUCUGCUUUGAGAUGGCUUUGCAUCGUUUCUUAAUUUUUCGAAUUUUUUCAAAUCCCCCGUCUUGGAUAACACCUUUUUUUAUAACAGCCUGCGGGAGGGACAUCCUUAAAGCUGUAAAGGUGUUUUCGGCACACAUACGCUGGCAUAUAUAUCUGAGUCUUUUCGGCGUGAAGGUGGGUAGCUUCUCGGGGACACGCCUUGUUGGAGGGGGAUCAGUUCUGAAAUUGGGGUAGUGGACAAAUCAUCCACUGACUUUACUAGGAAGUGCAACAGGUGAACGUGUUGUAGUCUACCAAAAAUUACGAAGUAUACCCCAAAACAUCUGCAUUGAGUUCAUGUCCACCUGCGGUCUCCCACUGGGUAUAAUUUCCCCUUUAAUUUAAAAUAAUUAACGCGUCAGAAGUGGUUUCCUCGUAAGAAGAACUUAAAACCCAAGAUAAGCAAAGUACUCAGCGAAAAAAGGUCAAACAGGCGUUCAGGAAGUAUUUCUGGAUGUCCCGCCAUACUUAAGGACUCUUAUCUCAGUUGGACUUAAAAAUUUUAGCUUUUCACGCUAAGAAUGAAAAUCUAGGAAUUUAUUUAUUUUGUAAAAACAAUGAAAAGCCAACGGUACCAUGGAAAAUUACUGCUUGAGAAAUUUCAUCUGAAUUGGCACUCCAAAGGGUUUCGUCCACAGACUCAAAAGUUAAAAAUGCCAACUAAAGAAAUAGCACCAUGUGAGUAGCACUUAAGAAGUUUCAAUGAAUGCGGGUCAGUACACCAUGGGUUUCACCCCUACAGACUGAAAAGAUGGAACUGCACACGAAAUUAGUAGUACCGAGUGAAAGUACUCCUGAAGAGGAUUCAUUUGAAAGCUAUCACCACAGUAUUUCGUUCAAAGCCACAAAUGUUAGAACUACACCAUUAAAAUGUCUGGAGUCUGGAAGUGAACGGUUUAAUGAGUUUAGGAUUAAGAAUGGGAUCAAAAGGCUUCAGGGGCGACGAGGUCGCGCAAUUGUAGGCAUUUUCAUUACUUGCCAACUCACUGAAUUAUCAGAAUUAUAUCUUAACUGCAGCUGAACGCAAACGAAAUACAGAAGAACAGAGCGAGAGGACUGGUAUGCAAAACUUACGAACGAAUAGCGUUCGCGCGUUCGGUCGGUAAAAUUAGAAAAAUGGUGGCUUUUUCAGUUUUAAUCAAUUCAGUAGGAAACUGAGAUUUUAGAUGCUAUUUUAUCUGCAUUUUAUCAGGAGCCCAUAUAUGUUCGUGACUGUUUUGCGGUUUGCGAAGACAUAAAAACUUUUUCACUGUUAUAUUUUUACCUGUCACACAGGGGUCCUGGGAGACGGAAGAAAAAUCCCGACAUUCCACCGGAACUUCUUAACAAUCCUUUCAAGCAUUUCAAAGUGGAUAAUCACACGGACAGAUCUGUUAACCUGUCAAAUGGAGAAGCAAUAAAAACAGACGAUAUAAACAAGUCCACGUCCCAUGAUUCAUCCCCAAGCGAUAGCGUUACUAUUUCUUUUGAGGGUCCACGAGAUGCCAAUAACAAUACAAGUAGCACCGCACACAAAGACUUGCAGUUUAAAACGCCCGUCUCCCGUGUUGCGAACAUGACGUCACCACAAGCAGCUAUGAAUCACACUCCACCUCAUCUGCACGUGAGUCCGCGAUUCACAACAACGCACGUGAUUCAUUCACCAACUAACACGUCAUCAUCGCGCAUUGUCAGUCCGCCCAGCGGAGUUAUUUUGGCGCCAAAUUCCCAGUCAUGCGCUUUCAACUUUCCUCCUAGACCUCACGUGACUUUGAGCCCGCAAGGAAAUGUGUUAAGCCCGCAAACCAAUGGAGUUCCACCAACAAGCGGUGCGUCAACUGUAGUUACCCAUAGUCCCGGGCGAUCGCCGGCUGUUGGAGACGCGGUGAACGGUGAGGCGUCAGUACCUCAUGUCAGCAGUACUGGUACAUCAGAGCAUGCGGCUGAGUUUAGGGCCGCUGCCGCCAAUGAUACCGGUUCAGAUAUAUCAGCGUCUUCCCCGCACGUGCUCUCACGUGAGGUUUGUAGUGUCUGAUUGUCUUUUAUUAUAGAGCUUUGUCUUCAAAUGCUUGUAUCACUGGCACUGCGCUUUAAUUGUGUGUUCCUGGGUAUGAGCAAUUAUAAAGAGUGCCCUUUACUUUUAUAAUGAUUUGUCUUUCAUUUGAAUCUGCAGCCUGAAUAUAGAGAGCCUGGAUCCACAGGUCAGUAGCGAGAUAGUCUGUACUUUUGACAAAACAAUUAUCCUAAGUAUUAUAAAAUUGGAAUUUUAGUGCUGAUCAACAGAGAAUGGUUUUAAGACUUUUAAGAAAAAUCUUUGGAAAUUCCGCUAAUUAAGAAAAGUUCUUCGUUGCAGAGAGUCUUCUAUUUAACAUUCAAGGGCUUUUGAAGGUGGCGGCAGAAAAUACCAGGCAACAUGAGCGACAGGCUGUUUAUGAAAAGAGUAAGUGAAAUACCAUCGCAUUUUAAGACCUUGGUAUGAAUAAAGUCCAAAUUUAUCGCGAAAUGUUAGACUUAUAAUACUACGCUCCGUCGCUACUGCGUUUGACGAUGACUGCUUUCGAGACUUAGAAUUUUAGGGUUUUUUUAGUGGCGUAAAUUGCAAAAAAAACAGACGUGUAACCAGAUUAAGUUAACUCUAGGAGUUACUUUAACACGGCUUUCAAAGCCUUCGUUUGCUUUGCUUUUGAAUUUUCGGCGUACUUGUCCUUUCAAACAGCAAUACUGUGAAAGUUAUGGCUCCUGUCAGGGUCGGCCAGGGUUUUUGGGUAUACGGUAUACGGGGGCUUUUUAAAUUGGGUAUACGGUAUAUUGCAGCAUAAAUACGGGUAUUCGGUAUAUCACUUUCUUUGAAUUUCAGGUAUAAAGUAUACCUGGGUAUAAUUUUGUGUAUAUUUGGAUGAAUUUUGGGUAUUUUUGGGUAUUUUGGCGAAUUUUUUUCGGGUGUACUGCUAUACCACUACCCCCACUGGCCUACCCUGUCCUGUGUUGACAAAAAAACUUGAUGAUCCCAGAGAAAGGAUAAGUGACCAAACCUUGGCUUUACCCGUCGUUAUCAUUUUCUAAUUUAUUGUGAAAGUGUACAACUUUACUUAACCCAUAAAACAAUACAUCGGUGUUUGCUGUCGUACUUACCAUAACUGUUGUAUGUUUAGAUGAACUCCGUCGGCAUAUUCAUCGUGAACGCGAAGCUCGCGAGAAAGCUGAAAGACAGGCAGCUGCACUUCAGAGAGGAAAAGGUACAAUUAAACUUCAAGUUCAUUGUUUUUUUUUCUACGGUCUAGCUAAUGUGCUCCUCGUAAAUAGCGUGUCAACAAUAAAUACCGCUCCAGGCGAAGCACGUGUUGAGGAAAAGUUGUUCUUCUUUGUUACUUGCUUACUACCUAAGUUUGGUGUAUGUCGUAAUUUCGUUAUUUCGUUGCAGCUUUCCUCCAGAAGAAGUUGAAAAAAGAGAAGAGGGCAAAGCGUAAGCUUGCUGAGCGACUGAUGGGUAGGCGGCUUCAAUUUCAAUCUUCCACAAAAUUUUGAUUAGUCCUUCAUGGCUCAUGCAGCUGUUUCGUUCCCAGCUGUCAGUACUAAGUAACAUUGUUCUUGUUCUCGCCGCAGAGGAGCAGCACAGAUGCGAGCUUCUGGAGGAGCAACUGAAAGAAUCCACUCAGAAUGCGCUUAAACAGCGAAAUGGUAAGUGAUCUGAAAUAAGUGAAGAGUUUUUCUCUGCCUUCUCUCUCACACACUGAUCUCCCGCUCGUGGAAGUCCGUGUUCUGCAGCCGAGAUCUUGAGAAGUGUUUUCUUGUCCAGUAAAGUUAGCCGUUUACACAAUCUCUUGAUUUUGACUCUUACGUGUUUUUCCUUUGUAGAUGAGUUGAUUCAAGAAGUUGAGAGAGAGCGGACUGCAAAGAUUGAGGCCGAAAGGAAGUUAAAAGGUAAACUAUACAAAAAACGAAAACGUUUAGCGAAUUUUCACAGUAUUGGGUCACAUUAGCCUGCCUACCAGGCGCUUGUGCCUGCUACACAGGCUCCGGGCAUAUUUUCUACUUGACUAAUUUAGGCUCCUGAACAUUACUGCACAAAUGAGUGGAGUUGAUGUUAAAAUACACAGUCUAACCUCUCCUUACGGACACCUCUAUAAUACCGACCCCUCUCUAUUACGGACAGUUCGUUUGGUCCCAGAACUGCCAAAAAUCCUACAUUCCAUAUCUCUAUAAUACGGACACCUCUGUAAAGCGGACACUUGUUUCUGUCCCUUUGGUGUCCUUAUUCAAGAGGUUUGACUGUAAUUAUACUCACGCAAGGCUUCUCUGACAAAUAGCUUUGAGAAUUUUACGCGUUAUAUCUGUUAUUGCUUCAUAAAGAGCUCAGUGUAAUUAGCCUUUUUCACUGUUUUCUUGUGACAGAAGCUCGGGGCGAGAUUCAGAAUUUCGUCCACAACUUUCUUGAAAAUCCGAGUCAGGAAGGGCCUGGGCACCAAUCAGAUGAAGAACCCGAGGAGCUGAAUGUAGAAGUUGUGAAAGAGGAGCAGAUGGUUACAUCCACAUAGGCACGCAAUGCGUACUUACGCCAGCUGAGGAAACUACUUAGAUGCAAGGAACAGACAAAUGGCGUAGAUUGUAACUACCAUAGUGAAAAAAUAGGUUUAGUGAAGUCCCCUUUGAUCAAACUAACAAGUUAACAGUCUAAAGUAGAAACGUGAUAGAAAACGUUGACGUUGUUUGAACUAAAAUAUGACCCAAACCCGCUAAGUGUAAGGUUUUGUUUUCAAGCGUUUGUUAUAUUUUCUCAAGUGUGUCUAUAGACGAACCUUUUCCAAAAUAGUUAUUAAUAUAAUAUUAUUCUUUCAUUACACCUUUCCCCCAUGAAAACUAGACGAUAUUUUUUUAGCUCUAUAAAAUUUCACCACAAAUAAUUCAUUCGUGGCAUUCGUUUGAUGAUUAUUUAUUUUAUAUAUAAUACACACAGACAUUUAUAUUACUUCCUUAUUACAGUUCUAUUUUUAUAGUACCCUACUAUGUGC